AUGCCCCCGCUUCGUAUCGCCAUCCUUGAAUGCGACACCCCAGUCGAGAAAGUAAACAACAAAUAUGGAGGCUAUCGCGGUGUAUUCUCCCUCCUACUCCGUGAAAGUGCUGCAGCACUAGGUCAGCCCGAUAAGCUAGACCCAGAAACCGGCCUCGAGAUCAGCGGCUGGGACGUGGUGACGGCGCAAGAAUACCCCAACCUGGAGGAUGUAGAUGCAGUUGUUUUGUCCGGGUCCAAACAUGAUUCCUUUGAGAACCACCCAUGGAUCCUGAGGCUGGUUGAUUUCACCAAGAAAGCUUUCGAAGACAAGCGCAUCCUGGCACGUGCUCUUGGCGCCAGGGUUGGUCGCAACACUGCAGGAUGGGAAAUUGCAGUGUGUGAGGUGGACUUGACUGAGACGGGAAAGGAGUUGUUUGGGAGGGAUAAGCUUCGCAUUCAUCAAAUGCACCAAGACAUCGCAUACGGAUACCCGUCCGAGGUAGUGUCCCUGGGCGCUUCCCCGAGGUGUGCAGUGCAGGGCAUGUAUGUCCCGGGGAAGUUGAUUGCUCUACAGGGCCAUCCCGAGUUCAGAGAGGAUAUCAUAUCCGAGAUCAUUAAUAUGCGGACUGCGUCUGGUCUCUUCUCGAAAGAACAAUCAGAAGAUGCCUUGAGUCGCGCAGGUCUCCCACACGACGGCAUCGCGAUUACCAUGGCCUUCCUGAAGUUUAUGAUCUGAGCAGACCUGACCAUAUAAAGCGAUAAUAUACUUUUUGCCAGGAUUAAUGGCUGAUACACCUUCAUAGCUAAUAGCCUGGCUACCCGAUAAACUUCACCUCAAGCGACGCACAUAGACAGAUCAAGAAUAGAAAACAUAUCUUUUAUCCACUAAAGAUACAAAUGGUUAAAACCUCAAACCCAAGCGCAUCUAGCCAGAUGACCAUAA